AUGCGCCACCCAUACCACCUCACUGUCGUCACCACCACGAGGCCAAGAGGACGGAGAAAGAAGCACCAGGCGAAGGGAGAAACAACACUGGAGCUGCGCGGGAGGGAACCAUCCCCACCGCCGUUGUGCGGGAGACCCGUGACUCUGGCACCAUCGCAAUCACCAUCCGGAAGCGACAGCAGGGCAUACCAGGCCCACCCUGGCCCGGCCAGGCCCAGAACGAGCCCGCAAAAUGCUGCAGCAGGUUGGCGCCAGCGCCGCCAACACCCGAUCGCCCAUCGCCACUCCCCCGCCUCCCGGAAGCCAUGCCGUCGACCCUUCGCGCCGUCGGCCCGCCCACACCUAGACGGGGCCCAGAUCUGGGUCGAGCGGGCCCCGCCAGAUCACGCCGCCGCGCCACCCCGCUGCCAACGGCAGCGCUGCCGCCCAGCAAAUCGCCCGCCACCACGACGAAGGGCCCCGCCGCCUAGGAGCACCCUGCAGCGCCGCGCCGCCCCGCGUCAGCGCGACACCGAGAGGGGAAAGGCCAAGGGCCGCCGCCAGCGCCGCCCAGGCCAGGCCCGGUGCCGGACGCCAAUGACGGCGGUGGGGAGGGAGGAAAGGGGAAGGCUCGGGGAGGAGGCGCUGGGGGUGUGGCCGGUCGCCCACGGGCGUGACGCGGUCGCAGGAGAGAGGUCCGUACCCAAAUAUAAGACGUUUUGA